CCGGGAAGACGACAAGAUGGCAGAGGUGGAGCAGAAGAAGAAGCGCACGUUCCGCAAGUUCACCUACCGCGGCGUGGACCUGGACCAGCUGCUCGACAUGUCCUACGAGCAGCUCAUGCAGCUGUACAGCGCGCGCCAGCGGCGGCGGCUGAGCCGGGGCCUGCGCAGGAAGCAGCACUCGCUGCUCAAGCGGCUGCGCAAGGCCAAGAAGGAGGCGCCGCCCAUGGAGAAGCCCGAGGUGGUGAAGACGCACCUGCGGGACAUGAUCGUGCUGCCCGAGAUGGUGGGCAGCAUGGUGGGCGUGUACAACGGCAAGACCUUCAACCAGGUGGAGAUAAAGCCCGAGAUGAUCGGCCACUACCUGGGCGAGUUCUCCAUCACCUACAAGCCCGUGAAGCACGGCCGGCCCGGCAUCGGCGCCACGCACUCCUCGCGCUUCAUCCCCCUCAAGUAGCCGAAUAAAGGGGCGCUGCUGCCCA